AUGGCGCCUACGGUUCAGACUCGACUGCUCAUCAUGUCUGAUACACACGGUGUAGACUUCAGCUCCGAGAAUAGACCUCUCCAACACGUGGAUGUCGCUCUACACUGCGGCGAUCUGACUGAUGGCUCUAAACUUGAAGAGUUCCGGACGACACUCCAGAUGCUCAAGAUGAUUAAUGCGCCACUCAAAUUAGUCAUAGCAGGAAAUCAUGACUUCACCAUGGAUUCCACUGCGUUCGAAACAAAGGUUGCCGAAUCGGUGCCACCUUUGGAACCCGAGCUCGUUGCUCGGGAAUAUGGUAUAUUGGGACAAGCAAGGCAACUGUUUGACGACGCAAGGGAUGCAGGUAUAGUGUUCCUGGCUGAGGGAACUCACGGCUUCGUGCUCGAGAAUGGAGCCAUGCUGACAAUCUACGCAAGUCCAUUCACGCCCUCCCUAGGCGCAUGGGGCUUCCAAUACCACCCGAACAAAGGUCGUCAUUUCGACAUCCAAGCCGGAACCGACAUUGUCAUGACUCACGGGCCGCCCAAAGGAAUCAUGGACUUCACCUACGGUCGAGAAAGAGCAGGCUGUCCUGAUCUUUUCGCCGCCGUUGCUUACGCCCGGCCCCGGAUUCACUGCUUCGGCCAUAUUCAUGAAGGAUGGGGUGCAAGGCUGGUAGCAUGGAAAGACAGCGGUGCGGACAAACCAUCCCAUUUUACUGUCAUCGACAACGAGAAGUCGCCCGUCAUCGAAAAAUUGGCCACGCUUAGAGAAAAUUCACUGGACUCGGAUGAUAUGGCAGAAGAAAAGCGAGUCAAGUUGGAAAGACUGAACCACAAUGGAUGCUCGACCACAAGCCACUGUGCACAAGACGAAUAUCCGCUUCAAUCGAGCAAGCAAACACUGUUCAUCAACGCCUCCAUCAUGGGCAGCGAAAGGUUUGUGCAGAGACCCUGGCUCGUCGACAUCGAGCUUCCAAGGCACCGAAAAUCACAGUAG